CCUUCCCGGACAGGUCCUCUGGUGGUCCGGAGCUGUCUGAUUCAAACCUCUCAUUGGCUACUCGCUCCGUCAAUCCGUUUCAUCUUAUGGUCUUCCGACCCGCCUUCCAGAUCUAGCCUUUGAUAGGCUGAAGAGGCCGUCACUUCAGAAAGGUCCGCAUUCCUUCCGCCUUUCUCCAGGAGACCGAGGGCGAAAAAGGUGGAUCUCCGACGGUGCCCACCCCGGGGUCUCUGCUUAAGCCUCUUAUUGGCUACUCUGGGUGCCGGUCGCUACGCCAUCCACCGCUGAUUGGGCAUCCGGCCGCCGCUCUGCGCGGCGCCGGCUCCGCCCCCGUCGGGUGUUUGUGGUGGGGCUGCGGAGUCGCCGAUCCCGCCGGAAGCGCCAGGACAAUGGGGACCCGGGACGACGAGUACGACUACCUAUUCAAAGUGGUGCUCAUCGGGGACUCGGGAGUGGGGAAGAGCAACCUGCUGUCCCGCUUCACCCGCAACGAGUUCAACCUGGAGAGCAAGAGCACCAUCGGCGUGGAGUUUGCCACCCGCAGCAUCCAGGUGGACGGCAAGACCAUCAAGGCACAGAUCUGGGACACCGCCGGCCAGGAGCGCUACCGGGCCAUCACCUCUGCAUACUACCGUGGUGCAGUGGGCGCACUGCUGGUGUAUGAUAUUGCCAAGCACCUGACGUAUGAGAACGUGGAGCGCUGGCUGAAGGAGCUGCGGGACCACGCCGACAGCAACAUUGUCAUCAUGCUGGUGGGCAACAAGAGCGACUUGCGCCACCUGCGGGCCGUGCCCACGGACGAGGCCCGUGCCUUUGCAGAAAAGAAUAACUUGUCCUUCAUUGAGACCUCAGCCUUGGAUUCCACCAACGUAGAGGAAGCUUUCAAGAACAUCCUCACAGAGAUCUACCGCAUCGUGUCACAGAAGCAGAUUGCAGACCGUGCAGCACACGACGAGUCCCCCGGAAACAACGUGGUGGACAUCAGCGUGCCGCCCACCACCGACGGACAGAAACCCAACAAGCUGCAGUGCUGCCAGAACCUGUGACCGCCCAGCGCCUGGGCUGAGCGUGCGUGCACGUCCUCGUCCUCUACCCACCCCUCUCCGAGCUGUCCUCCCUGCCCCCUCCCUCUCUGCCCCUCUGUGACUGGCUCCCGCCCUCCCAUCAAGCUCCGCACGAAGAACAGGAGUCGAGUGGCAUCUCCUGUCCUGCCCAAGGAUAGCUAGAAGCCCCGGCUGCUGCACCUGCUCUCCUUGGGUCCCAGUGGGCAUCUCGGCGUGGCGGGGAGGGUGGCAGGAUGGACGGGGCCCGGCCAGAGGCAAGGAGGAUGGGCACACCGAGCAAUCUUCUCCAGUUUUCCACGGCAGACUCCAGGGAGCAAUCGCCGCCAUCCCUCUCAGGCCCGUUGGCCCAGCUGGCCCCCGGUUCCCACACAGAAUCCCACUCCGGGCUGAAGCCCGAAGCUUAAGGCCCCAGGGACCGGGCAGGCGGACACUCUCGGCUCUCGGCAUCCCGCUCUCCCACGCACAGCCAGCAUCGUACACGCGCCUUCAACCGACCUCACCCGUGCGUGCGCGACUCCAGCUCCUGCCUGUAGAUUUCUGCUGAGAGAAGACAGCCCCCCUACCACCACCUUGCCCUCCUUUUUGCACGCAGCGCGCUCUCCACCCCACCCCACCCUGUAUCCCUCUGUCUUGUUUCCCUGUCUGGUCAGGAACCUGUUUGCCAGUGAAGCAAUAUCUCCGUGUUUUGUAUAUACAACUGCUCUUGUAGCCUUUGGUUUUUUUGUUAUUGUAGAGAAACAGAUUCUUUAUACACUUUGUAAGAUUACGCCAAACCCUAGCUCUCGAUCUCUUAUUCUCCUCCCUGUGGCCCCUGCACUGUUGCCCCAUGCCUCUUUUCUCUCUCACGGUUACUAAAAUGUAUAAUCCGACUUCCUGUACAGAAA